AUGCCUACACUAUGCUCGGUCCCCGUCGAGCUCAUAUGUCAUAUUCUGGGUUUUCUGAACGUCGACCACCUGCUGAGAUGUCUCUUGAUAAACACCCACAUUCAUCGCAUUAUAAUGCAGUCAUCCCGACUUCAAUUCACUAUUGAGCUUGCCAAGUAUCGUAUGGAAUCCGACCUUGAGGAUUCGACUUUGCACCCUUUCGUCAAGCGCCUGAACUGCCUCCGCGACCGGGAGCACUCGUGGCGAAGUAUUACCUGGAAGCGCCACUAUCGGCUUGGCCUGCCCUCCGUAGCGUCUAUCUACGAGUUUGUUGGAGGAAUUUACGGGAACGGAAGAGAGCAUGGGAAACGCGAGCCUAUCCCGGCUAUCUCCUUCUUUGAACUGCCUUUCUCCGGGUGUGACACAGGAGAGUAUAGGAUGUGGACUCAUGCAUUUGAAAACAUCCGUAUCUUGGACUUCACAAUCGACCCCUCACAGGAUCUCUUGGUUCUGGUCACUAGAGCGCCUACCGAAUCCAAAUUCGUCUUUGAGGUUCAUCUUCGCACACUUUCAGCGAAUGAUCCUUAUCCGAAAGCUGCCGCACCCAUACUGCCUUGCUUCCCCAAGGAUCUGGUCUCAAUGCCACUUUCAAAUUCCAUAGGCGCCAUCCGUGUUCAGAUUUCCGGCGAUCUGAUCGGGUUUUUGAUGAAAGAAAUGGACACUAUUGAGGUCUGGCAUCCCGCCUCAGGAUUCUGCUCAUCGUUUGUAUUACCGUCGGGGAUAGACGAUUUCACGUUUCUUUCUCAGACGUCCUUUUUGAUCGUCCGCCCGCUCGGCUACUUGGAAGUCUACCAAUUCCACACUCCGACGGGCUCCUCCCCUCCGCCGGUUCUAUUGGGAUCCUUUUCGUUCCCGCCGCUGUCCGAAGGAUUCUCCUUCUGGCAUUGCUCUUUGAGUGGAAACCCAUCCCCCGGGUAUGUUCCUCGUAGCCAACCCGGCGUCAAUAGCAAUGUCAUCAACAGCGUCUAUCAUCCAUCAUUAGCGGACCGUGUCCUGGCCUGCUGCAUCUACAUCCUGGAACCGUCCCCUGAUCCUGCUCGGCAUCGCGUACAUUCUUUUGUAUUCUUCUUUCACGUGAACCUUUUCCUUGAGAAUAAUCCACAUUCG